GGCCGGAAGUAGAAGCGGCGGCGGCGGCCCAAAGAGGAGUGAAGGAGGAAGGCAAGGAGCCAGAGCGCCGGAACCGGAGUCGCAGCGGCGGAGACCCCUGUGCGGAGCGGAGGGGGCGGCUGCCCCGGCUCUGACCCGCGCUGGGGGUGGGUGGGCCAUGGCGGAGAUCAGUGACCUGGACCGGCAGAUCGAGCAGCUGCGGCGCUGCGAGCUCAUCAAGGAGAGCGAAGUCAAGGCCCUGUGCGCGAAGGCCAGAGAGAUCUUGGUAGAAGAGAGCAACGUGCAGAGGGUGGACUCACCAGUCACAGUAUGCGGCGACAUCCACGGACAAUUCUAUGACCUCAAGGAGCUGUUCAGAGUGGGUGGUGAUGUUCCUGAGACCAACUACCUCUUCAUGGGGGAUUUUGUGGAUCGUGGUUUCUACAGUGUUGAAACGUUCCUCCUGCUGCUGGCACUGAAGGUUCGCUAUCCUGACCGCAUUACCCUGAUUCGGGGCAACCACGAGAGCCGCCAGAUCACCCAGGUCUAUGGCUUCUAUGACGAGUGCCUGCGCAAGUAUGGCUCCGUGACCGUGUGGCGCUACUGCACUGAGAUCUUUGACUACCUCAGCCUGUCGGCCAUCAUCGAUGGCAAGAUCUUCUGCGUGCACGGGGGCCUCUCUCCCUCCAUACAGACCCUGGACCAGAUUCGGACAAUUGACCGAAAGCAAGAGGUGCCUCAUGAUGGGCCCAUGUGCGACCUGCUCUGGUCGGACCCUGAAGACACAACAGGCUGGGGUGUAAGCCCUCGGGGGGCUGGCUACCUGUUUGGUAGUGACGUGGUGGCCCAGUUCAAUGCAGCCAACGACAUUGAUAUGAUCUGCCGCGCCCACCAACUGGUGAUGGAAGGUUACAAGUGGCACUUCAAUGAGACUGUGCUCACUGUGUGGUCAGCACCCAACUACUGUUACCGCUGUGGGAAUGUGGCAGCCAUCUUGGAGUUGGAUGAGCAUCUCCAGAAGGAUUUCAUCAUCUUCGAGGCUGCUCCCCAGGAGACACGGGGCAUCCCCUCCAAGAAGCCCGUGGCCGACUACUUCCUGUGACCCUUCGGCCCCUGCCCCGCUCCAGCCCCACUGGCCCUCGGACCACUGUGACUCUGCCCUCUGCUCCAGAUAGAGGCUGGGCAGUGGGGUAGGGAGUGCCACUGACUCUGCUCUCUCCCACCCCAGAGAGGGCACUUCGAGGGUGAGGACUUUGAAGAGGCUUGGAGCCUCCGCUCCACGCUCCUCUACUUUCUCCCCACUUGAACCAUGACGUUUCCAAUAAUUUUUUUGCUUCUGUUUUUCUUUUUGUUUGUUUUUAGAUAAAAAUUUUGAGGAAAAAAGAAAAAAAAUUCUAAUAAAAGAAGAAAAAUG